CCACGACGCACGCGACGCGUACGCCCUCCCGGUAACGCACCCACUCGCACCCAGAAAAAUGGUGAAAGUCACCUCCGCGGAGCAAGCGCUCAAGGGCGUCCUGAGCAAGGCUCAGACCGCGCCGAAGAAGAAGACGAAGACGCCGGCGUUUUACCCCGCGGACGACGUCAAGUUCCCGCUGAAGCGCGCCGCCGUCGCGCACAACCCGACGAAGCUCAAGAAGAACAUCACCCCGGGGACGAUCCUGAUUCUCCUCGCCGGUCACUUCAAGGGCAAGCGCGUCGUGUUCCUUCGCCAGCUCCCGUCCGGCCUCCUCCUCGUCUGCGGCCCGUACGGCGUGAACGGCGUGCCGAUCAAGCGCGUGAAUCAGUGCUACACGAUCGCCACGUCCCAAAAGAUCGACGUCGGCGCCGUCGACAGCAAGAAGUUCGACGACGCGUACUUCAAGAAGCCCGCGAAGGACCGCACGAAGAAGUCCGAGGAGGACUUCUUCGACGAGAAGCAGGAGAAGAAGGAGCUUCCCGCGUCGUACGUCGCGGACAACAAGGCGCUGGACGCCGCGUUGUCGCCCGCCAUCGACGCGGUGCCGCACCUCAAGGGGUACAUGGCGACGAAGUUCACGCUCAGGUCCGGGGACAAGCCGCACGAGAUGAAGUUUUAAGUAUGAAGGUGAGGUUCGUAGGUUCCGGUGUGAACUGAACCGAACGGCGCGCGCUGAUCGGCUGGUGAGCGCGCGAACGAGGAACUUAGGAGCGCGCGGCGACAAUGGCGAGUGGUGAACGAUGACGUCGAUGAUUGAUUUCGACGCGCGGUCGACUCGAUUCGUCUUAGAGGACGACGAGACGAGCGCGCGCGGGGUGGGAACGUCGGCGCGGCGAGAGACGUGAGGGGGGUGAUGGUCGUAGACUUGUUCGUAAGAGACACGUCCGGCUUA